AUGAUGUCGCGGUCUGUGCGAGCCGAAACUCGAAGUCGUGCUAAAGAUGACAUUAAACGAGUUAUGCAAGUUGUGGAUAAAGUUCGUCACUGGGAAAAAAAAUGGGUGACGAUAGGAGAGACUACCAUGAAAAUUUACAAAUGGGUACCGAUAUCAACGCUUGAGUUGAAAAAAAAAGCAAAGUCUCUAGCUGAUAAAGAAAAUGGUUUGCCAAGAAAAAGCGGGAUCGACUCAUCAAACAACUCGAAUUUCGGGCUCACCGAGGAUUCAAACACAUGCUUUUCGACUGUAAGUGAUUCACAAGGAAUGACAGAUUUUUCAACACAUCUAGGGUUCUCAGAAGAUUCAAACUCGCAAAACAGCGAGCCAGCUCCAAAAGUACUCAAGACUGAUUGA